UCCCUCCAGCGCAGUUAAAAUGAAACUCUAGCGCCGGGCGUGGGGCAGAAAGCGAGGGCAGCGGGGCUGGCGGGUUCUUUGCUCCCGGCGGGCGUGCAGCGCCGAGCCUGGCGGACCGGACUUGGACGGGUCGCCGUUGCGGAGCUGCGGCUGCUUCGGCUCCGAGCCUGACCGGAACAGCGUCCGAGCCCCAGCCCAGAGGGAAUCGCUCCCUGCCGACCAGUGGGACCCUGAAACUUGAACGCAGUCCCCACCCUCUGUCGCUUUUGUCGCUUCCCCAGCUUCUCUCCGACGGGUUAUUUUUUUCUCCCCUCCUCUUCUUUAUUCUCCUCGCGCGAUGUACAAUACGGUGUGGAGUAUGGACCGCGAUGACGCAGACUGGAGGGAGGUGAUGAUGCCCUACUCGACGGAACUGAUAUUUUAUAUUGAAAUGGAUCCUCCAGACAUACAAAGGGAAUUUGUUGGGCGGGGAGUGAGGAGGGUAGAAAAUGAAGCUCUCCCUCCAAAGCCACCUAAGCCAAUGACUUCAGCAGUUACAAAUGGAAUGAAAGAGGGUUCCGUUACCCUUCAAGAUGCAGAAUGGUACUGGGGUGAUAUUUCCAGGGAAGAGGUAAAUGACAAAUUACGGGACAUGCCGGAUGGUACCUUCUUAGUCAGAGAUGCCUCAACAAAAAUGCAGGGAGAUUAUACUUUGACUUUAAGGAAGGGAGGCAAUAAUAAGUUAAUAAAGAUCUAUCAUCGGGAUGGUAAAUAUGGCUUCUCUGAUCCUCUGACAUUUAAUUCUGUGGUGGAGCUCAUUAACCACUAUCAUCAUGAAUCUCUUGCUCAGUACAAUCCCAAACUUGAUGUGAAGCUGAUGUAUCCAGUGUCCAGAUACCAACAGGAUCAGUUGGUGAAAGAAGAUAACAUUGAUGCAGUAGGCAAAAAACUGCAGGAGUAUCACUCUCAGUAUCAGGAGAAGAGCCGAGAGUAUGACAGGCUGUAUGAGGAGUACACCAGGACAUCCCAGGAAAUACAAAUGAAGAGAACUGCAAUUGAAGCUUUUAAUGAAACAAUUAAAAUAUUUGAGGAGCAGUGUCACACACAAGAACAAUACAGCAAAGAAUAUAUUGAGAGGUUUCGCAGAGAGGGGAAUGAAAAGGAGAUUGAACGAAUUAUGAUGAAUUAUGAUAAAUUGAAAUCACGUCUUGGUGAAAUUCAUGAUAGUAAAAUGCGUCUAGAACAGGAUUUGAAGAAACAGGCUUUGGACAACCGAGAAAUAGAUAAAAAAAUGAAUAGCAUCAAACCUGACUUGAUCCAGCUGCGUAAGAUCCGAGAUCAGCAUCUUGUAUGGCUCAAUCACAAAGGAGUGAGACAGAAGCGCCUGAAUGCCUGGCUGGGGAUCAGGAAUGAGGAUGCUGAUGAAACUUACUUUAUCAAUGAGGAAGAUGAGAACCUGCCUCAUUAUGAUGAGAAAACCUGGUUUGUUGAGGAUGUCAAUCGAGUACAAGCAGAGGACUUGCUUUAUGGAAAACCAGAUGGUGCAUUCUUAAUUCGUGAGAGCAGCAAGAAAGGGUGUUACGCUUGCUCUGUCGUUGCGGAUGGGGAAGUGAAACACUGUGUGAUCUACAGCACUGCUAGAGGAUACGGCUUUGCAGAACCCUACAACCUGUAUAGCUCACUGAAGGAGCUGGUGCUCCAUUACCAGCAGACAUCCCUGGUUCAACACAAUGACUCCCUCAAUGUCAGGCUUGCCUACCCUGUCCACGCAGAGAUGCCUUCGUUCUGCAGAUAAAUGGAGUGGGAAGAGAUGUGGCUCUCCAGCAUUUUUUUCUAGUUUUUUAUUAGACUACGGCGAGGGCAUUCUUUCUACAUAGACUGCUUGUUUUGCACAAGAAGUGAUUCUGUGAAUGUGAAGGGGAAAGGCCAAGCAGUAGCUGGCCAGGAUUUGGGGAUAAAUAAAGGGCCUGGGGUUUCUGGACUCAGCUGUGCUGCUGCGCUGACAUUUUAAGCUGGAAGCAGGUGUUGAUGUUUGGAAAGUCUGUUUCCUUGAGUUUUGUUUUGUUGGCAGGCACCUUUAAAAACAUGUUAGACUUGUUAGGGGGGUAGGGGUGGUUGUGGGAGUUGUUUGGAAGCCUCUGAAGAGUCCAUGUCCUCUUGUCUUCUCUGAGACUGCAGCAGGUCACGAUUCUGUUGUGAGUUGUUUUGCUCUGAAAGUCCCUCUUCCCCAAAGAAGACCGCUUUGGUUCUGUGGUAGAAUGGGGUGUAGUUUAAAAUUAAAAAAAAAAAAAAAAACCAAAGGAAAAUAGGGGAGACUUCAGAUUUCAUUUACAGUCUAAGACAAGGAGGUAAAAAACAACUUCAUGAUGUUACUUCAUUUUUUCCAACAUUAUUUAGGCUUCAGCAUCUAUCUCUUCCCUCUAAAGCACUAUGUUCAUAAACCAGUACUUGUCAGACUAAGAGCUAAGGGGAGACGGUGAGACGGUGACACUAGUAGCUGAAUGUAUACUUCAGUA